AUGCCUUCUUUGUGGAAUUCAGGGCUCGAGGAGUCUGAAGAUGUCAGAGUUGUUGGUUAUGAUCCUCUCAUUCCGCCACAACUUCUCCAACAUGAAGUCCCCGCUCCUGCAGAAAGCAAAAAGACCGUUAUCCAAGGCCGUAGAGAUGCCAUCAACGCCCUGAAUGGCUCCGCCGAUAAGCUACUGGUCAUUGUCGGACCUUGUUCCAUUCAUGACCCUGAGACCGCCCUCGAGUACGCUGGUCGUCUGAAGGCUCUCGCCGAAAAGCUGUCCGAUGAUCUUGCUAUCGUCAUGCGAGCUUACCUCGAGAAACCCCGUACCACUGUCGGAUGGAAGGGUCUAAUCAACGACCCCGAUAUUGAUGAGACCUUCCAAAUCAACAAGGGUCUCAGAGUCAGCCGUAAACUCUUCUGCGAUCUUACCGCCCUAGGUGUUCCAAUUGCCAGCGAAAUGUUAGAUACCGUCUCCCCACAAUAUCUGGCUGAUUUACUUUCCGUCGCGGCCAUCGGUGCUAGAACCACUGAAUCGCAGCUUCAUCGUGAGCUCGCUUCGGGUGUUUCUUUCCCCGUCGGAUUCAAAAACGGAACGGAUGGUGGUUUGUCUGUGGCAAUUGACGCCAUUGGCGCUGCUGCUCAUCCUCAUCACUUCAUGGGUGUCACGAAACAGGGCCUGGCGGCUAUCACCAGGACCACCGGUAACCCAGACUGCUUCGUUAUCCUCCGUGGAGGAAGGGACGGACCGAAUUACUCAGCCGAGCACGUCGCAAAGGUCAAAGCCGCCUUGAAGAAGGCAGGUCAGAAGGAGAUCAUGAUGAUUGACUGCUCGCACGGAAACUCGUUGAAGAAUCACAAGAACCAGCGCCCCGUCUCUGAGGACAUUGCAAACCAGAUCAGAGCUGGCGAGGAGGGCAUUGUUGGUGUUAUGAUUGAGUCGAAUAUCAAUGAAGGAAAACAAUCUGUUCCAGCCGAGGGUCCAAGUGCUCUCAAGAAGGGUGUUAGUAUCACUGAUGCCUGUGUUGGAUGGGAGGAAACCGUUGAAAUUCUUGAAAACUUAGCCGCUGCGAUCAGGGAAAGGAGAGAGAAGCGUCCUUCCGGAGACAACAAGGAUGGCGAUAGCGAUGAAUAA